ACAACUCUAAAUCUUAUUCAAAAAACUAUAUACUUUUUCUCAUAUGCAGAGCUUUCUUUUUUAUUGAAAUUUUGAUUAUGUUUUCAACGUCGAACACCACAAAAAUGUCAUUAAAUUAUUAUUUUUGGCGCAAACUCAAAGUGCAAAUCAAUAGACUGGCUUUUGCAACGGCUUGGACACCCACUAGCAGCAACAGCAGCAACAACAGCAACAACAGCAACUUGCCAUGUUAGGUAGUUGUAGAAAAACAAAAACAAAUUAUGCAACGGCUGCGCUGGCUUGCAACAUCUUCGAGGCAGGCCAACCAACCCAAGCGACCGACCCAGCCAGAUCUUUGAGGCCGCAUUGCUUGAAUCUUGUUUUGGAACUCUCUCACAGCAGCAGCAGCAUCAGCAUCAGCCACAGCAGCAACAACAAACGCUUCUUCAUUUUCACCCAGCAGCAACAACAAAAACGAAAGUGCAACCAGUUGCUGGAUGCCACAGCAACAGCAGUUGCAGCAGCAUCGUCUGGGUCUGUGGGCUUGGUCGAACGCUUACGUGACCGGCGACGAGGAUCGUUUGACUUUUUGUCCAUAUUUGUGUUGAGUUAUGGCGAGAAGAUGCAGCAAAAACUGCAACAGCAACUGCAACUGCAACUGCAACGGCAACGGCAAUGGCAACGGCUGCAGAAAACCCGUUUUACGUGGCGUAUGAGUAAUGCGGAAGUUGACACUUGCUCGUGCUCGCUGCUCUCUUCAGCUCCCCUCCCCUUCUCAAUUAGACCCGGGCAAAAAGAUGCCAAAAGUCAUUUGGUUUUUCGAGCCCAAGCCUCCAAUAUUAAUGAUGCACUCGCAACGAAAUUUGUUAAACACGCCAAAGAAGAUGGCAAACAAAAAAUAAAAGUGAUGAAGAGUCGCAGGCGGAGGCAGAGCAAAAGCGUCGCCUCGCCGUGCAACCUGUCAAUAAUCAGCGAUGAGUUAUGUCGCAGACCCAUUUACUUUCUUUUGCCAGCGUCCACACUGCCCGCCAAAAGUAGAAGCAUUAAUGAGCUGCCCCAGCCACAAGCCAUGUGAAAUUUUUCGCUCAAGAUUUAUCUAUAUAGAUAUUUUAAUAUAAAUAUAUGGGCGUAACUAAUACAGCUUGCAGAUCAGAGUAAUAAUGACUUAAUAAUUGAGGGAGACAAGCUAUAAAUGAGGAAAUCAUUGUUGGACUCGGCCUGAAAAUGGCUGUGGGAGAUGUUUUGCGAAGCGCUGAGAGUGGGAGAGAUGGGGUGAGAGAGAGAGAAAAAAAAGACAUAGAGGAAUAAACUUAAUUUGUAUUGCUUUCAUUGAAUUAGCUUCCACUUUUCUAAAUAAGAUUUGGUAAAUUUCAUAGUUAAUGAUGGAUAGGCUAUAUUAGACAAUAUUAUUAAUAUUUUAAUAUUAUUUGUUA